CUCGGCGGCGGCGGCGGCGGCGUGAGCGGCAUCUCUCCUUCCCUUUCUUCUCCUCUGAUACUGCCACCACCCCAGUCUGCAUCACCUCAAGGCCUGGACUGUUGGCAUUAGCCUUCUGAUAAGAAGUCUACAGAGAAAUCGAAAAGACAUUAAAUAAGAAUAUCUACUUAUCAGAGGCAGAUUCAGUGUUGAAAAAUGGCUCAUUUUGACAAUAGCCUCAGCCUGGAAGAUGCUUUAACUGAAACACCACCAGAAAUUGAGGAAGAGAUAAAACGGGACUUCAUGAGCACACUGGAAGCAGAGACAUUUGAUGAUGUGGUGGGAGAAACCGUGAGCAAAACAGAUUACAUUCCUCUCCUGGAUGAUGACGAUGGGAAAACUGGAAGCCCAGAGUCAAAGAGCAAACCUCAUUUGGAUGGUGGUCAGGUUGAAUGCACUACACCUUCCAAACCAACAGUGUUAGCCAAUGGUGAUCAUGAACUAGAAGAGAAUGAUGCCACAGAUCCUUAUCAGAUGUACCAAGGUCAAAUCUUAUCGGAUUUGCUGUUUGUCUCUCCUGGAAUGGUGAACAGCUCGCCAUUUGCAGAGCACGUUGAUUCUUCAAAAGAUAAUAUUGCAGAUGUGCCCUCCUAUGAUUCAUAUGUUUCUAGAACUGAGACAGGAUCAGGAGGAUGGACUAUGGAAGCCCAGGUUCCUUCUGACCCAUCACCCUUUGUCUUCCUGGAAGAGUCUGACCCUCAGCCUCUACAACCCACAGCAGAGCCAAUCAAGGAGGUACAGAUGGAGGUGGAAUUUACUAAAGAGGCACCAUCAAUGAAGGAGGUGGAAAUGACCCUGGCACCAUCCACAGAAGUGGAGAAGGUACCAACAAUGGACAUGGCGCCAGUCAAAGAAGUGAAGAGUGAACCAGCUGUGGAGGUACCAUCAGUGAAGGAAGAGACUGAGGAUGAACGAGCUAUCGAGGUGGCAUCUGUCAGGGAAGAGAUAGAAGAUGAACCAGCUAUGGAGGUAGCAUCAGUCAAGGAGGUGGAGGAUGAAUCAACUUCAGAGGUAGCACCAGACAGAGAGACUCGGGCAGAACUAGCCACAGAGAUGGCAUCAACUCAACAGACCCAAGAGGUACCAUCUGUGGAUGUGGAACUGGCCAAGGAGACCAAGGUGAUACCGACCAAGGAACCCCAGGUGGCACCAGCUGUUGAGGUGGUGAAGAUGCCAGCUGUGGAGGUGGAACCAACCAAAGGAGCCCAGCAGGCACCGGCCAUGGAAUUGACACUGACCCAGGAAAUAGACAUUGUAACAACACCAGCCAAGGAGGUGAAAGUAGAGAAAACAAGUGAAGCUCAGAGACUGGCAUCUCCUCAGGCAGAAGGGAGUCUGGCUUUCAUGGCCUCACCAGAGUCCCUUAAGAUACCUGGCAUGGACGGUUUGCAACCACUUCAAGAACAAAAACUUCAGGGAGUUGUUUCUCCUAAUACAGAACCAAGAACAGAUACCAAAGUGGCUGAUAUGGAUCAUUUUGGACAAGCAGCUCCUGUUCCUGUGGCUGAAGUGAAUCCUUUUAAACCUUGUCCUGAGAAUUCCCCAACUUUACCUACUGAAGUACCUUUAGAACAAGUUGCAGUCAUAGAACAAAAAGUAUACUUACCAGAAACCUCAGUUCCUGCAGAAGAUAAAGCUUUAGAGAAACUGGAAGAGAUUAAAGCCCUGCUAACUUCUCCAGAGAUUAUAGCAGAAACACUGAAUACAACACCAUUAAUCCAAACUAAAGAAUCCCCACUGGAAGAAACCAUACCUUCUCUUGAUUUCACUGAAUUAGAAAAGUCAAAGGGAGAGACUGAGUGCUGCCAUGUUUCAUCUUCAGAGCCUCCUCUGAAGCCUACAGCCAAACCAGAUGAAGUUCAGCCCUCUGCCAAUUUGAAUGGAAAUGAUAUCACUGCUCCUCCAAACAAGGAGCUCCCCCCAAGCCCCGAGAAGAAAACAAAGCCAUCAACCACUACUCCAUCUGCAAAGACUGCUACACCGAAAACCAAAUCAGUGCCCACUCCCACCCCCAAGCGGUCCGUUUCCACCACUCCUGGUGGCCCAAGCAAAAAGCCCAUGAGCCCUGCUCCAGGCCUAGCGCCAGCUGCCCCACCCAAACGACCUGCUGCUGCCACUGCUGCCGCCCGGUCCACUUCCUUAAUCUCAAGAGAUGGAAAACCAAAGGCUUUGGAUGCAAAGAGCCCUGAGAAACGAACCCCACCAUCCAAAUCUCCCGCAGCCACUACUAAACCUGCCUCAAAGAGCACCCCAACCACCCCACGAGUCACCGUGGCUGUUUCUCCCAUGACACCUGGUCCAGCCAGUAGGAACACUUCUUCCUCUCCUCCUAAGAAACCUUCCUCUCUCAGAAACGAGUCAAAGCCAACAGACAUCAAGAAGACUACUGCAAAAUCCUCCCUAGUGGACUUGAGUCGUCCAAAGAGUGCCCCUACCAUCGCUCAGAAGACCACUAGCACCACAUCUUCGGGGGGCCCUUCCUUGCCAGGGGCAGCUUCCAGCCGGGUCAAGCCCAAACCUGUCACCCUGAGGCCAUCUACAACUCCCUCUGUGGACACCAAGAAGCCAGGAGUGCCUAAGGCAGCCCCAACUAAACCAAAUCCUGCAGCACCACGGCCCAGCCGCCCAUUAACUAGCAUCUCUGUACCAGAUCUUAAAAAUGUUCGUUCUAAGAUUGGCUCCACAGACAACAUCAAACACCAGCCGGGUGGAGGCCGGGCCAAAGUAGAGAAAAAAACCGAGGCCAUCGGUACAACACGAAAGCCUGAACCCAGUGCAGUCACUAAAACAACCACCACCUUUAAAGCAGCUGAAACAAAAGAGAGUGCACAAAAACAGCCCAAUGGGAAAGUCCAGAUAGUCUCCAAAAAAGUGAACUACAGCCAUGUUCAAUCCAAGUGUGGUUCCAAGGACAAUAUUAAGCAUGUCCCUGGAGGUGGGAAUGUGCAGAUACAAAAUAAGAAAGUUGACAUUUCCAAGGUGGCCUCAAAGUGUGGCUCCAAAGCAAACAUCAGACACAAACCUGGAGGAGGUGACAUCAAGAUUGAAAACCAGAAGCUGAACUUCAAGGAGAAGGCCCAGGCAAAGGUGGGAUCCCUGGAUAAUGUUGGACACUUGCCUGCAGGUGGCACAGUCAAGACUGAGGGGAGCGGCGAGGUGGCCCCACUGUGCCUGGCCCCUCCGAGCGGGGAGCCUCCUGAGGCCCAGGCAGGCCCCACCACGCAGGCGAAUGGCGUAGGGCAUCUAACCCCCUCACUGGGUGGUGACCAAAGGGAAACUCAGACCUUCGACACCCAGAUCCAGGAGACAAGCAUCUAAUGAUGAAAUUCUGGUCUCGUCUUCCAUCCCCCUUCCAAUAACCCCAACCCUACCCCUACCCCAUGCCCAUAUCUUCCUCUUCUACCUCUUUCCUUUACUCCUUACCUCCUGUAUCCCUACCGCCUCCCCAAUGUCUUGCUACAGAUUGAAACCUACAAGCUGACGUUCCGUGAAAAUGCCAAGGCCCGCACUGAUCAUGGAGCUGACAUUGUCUCCAAACCCUCCCCCUUCCCUGGCAACACCACCUUCAUCAGCCAGAGCUUCAACUCCCUUGCCUCGGCCACCCCUUGGCAGCAGCAGCAGCAGCAACAGCAGCAAUAGCAGCCUCCCACCAUAGGAGCUGCCCCAGCGGCUUUUUCUCCCGAAGGCUUGUGACUGGGCUCCACAUUCUCAUGGCCUCUCUGGGAGCUCUUUUCGAGAAUUGGCUAGCUCAGCUCUUUUGUACCCCGUGUUCCUGAGACACACACGCACACUGAUUUGGAAUGCCAGAGCUCAGUGUGUCUCCCUUCUUCACCCUUCCUUCUCCACCCGUGCUGCAGUCCCUCAGAGCCCAGACUUCCCCUACUGACAUCUCCUACUUUGGAAAGGUGGACCUUCACUGGGGAGGUGACUCUUCUUCCAUAGGGCUUGGAGGGAGAAUGCUAGAGACAGGAAGAAAGCUGAAGCUUUUCCUAAUUCAGCCCUCCUGCCCAUUUACCUCCCAUGCAUGUCUCAAACCUGGCUUUCUUUUCCUACCCACUAAAGCUGAAGCUAUACACACACAUGGCCCAUGCUACGCCCAGGAGCAGUGCUAAUAAGGGGCAGCUUGAGCUCCGAUGGAAAAAGCUGGCAGCCAAUUUCCUCGGUUUUUUCCUUUUCCUUUUUUUUUUUAAACAAAAAGAAAAACUAAAAAACCAACAUAAAUUUUGUUCUUGCUGCUUAAGUUUCUGGUGUUCCUAUUUAAUGAAAAAAUAUAUAAUGCACACAUACUAGGCUGUUCUUACCCAAUAAUUUUAGCUUUUUCAUUUUUUGUGAUGAAGUGUUGACAGUUUCAUUGUGCUUACCAGCCUCAUGUAAGUUUCCUUUAUUAAUUUUUUCCCCUUACUCCCCAAUUUCCAACCCCAGCAGUCCUAGGAGAGGUAGAGAUGUUAAUCUCUGUAUUUGACAUACAUAUCCAUGCAGGUGUAACUUCUUUCUUUUUAAUAAUCUGAAAAUUCAGUGGAAUUCUUUUAUGGGUUGAAGCCAUGUCUGAAAAGAGAGUACUAAGAAUGUGUUGAAGGGAAGAUGGCCUUGGGGAAUACAUUGAAUUGCCAUGAUGGAUUAGCUGGGUGUCUCUACCCAAAAGUGAACUGUUUUGUGGUCAAAGGCGUAGUCAGAGAGAAUUGGAAUGCAACCCUGAUGCCCCAAUCUAGGCGUGCGGUCUGCGGGAUAGGCCUGGCUCCUCAGAGGAGGCUGCCAAGAGGAAUAGUGGAAAUGGGACAGGAGUUGGGGGAGUUAUGAUAAAUAGGUGGGAUUUUUUUUUCUAUUGUGAGAAGGAUCCAGUUUGAUGUGUGAUGAUCAAGGGGGGUGUGUGUGUGUGUGUGUGUGUGUGUGUGUGUGUGAGUGUGAGUGUGAGUGUGUGUGUGCUGAUCUUUUCUAACAAAGACUGGUCAUGGGGUUUAUGUACUGUAUUAUACCACAGGAUUGAGGCCCUGAAAAAUCAGGAACCUUCUCACCAAGGGGCUAUAGAAGAGAAGGAAAUUGGGUUCUAAGGGACAGAGUCCCAGUGGGGCAGAUGAAGUGGCCCUAAACAGCUUUGUGCCCAGAAUUUUAGGGAGGAGGGGUUGAAUCAGGUUUGACAAAGAAACAAGUGAAAAAGAGAAUUAGAAAUGGAGGACAGCCUGGUUAAGGAGAGAAGGAUAGGAGUGAGGAGGAGAGGGGGCCCAGAGGAGCCCCCUCAAGGGCCAGGUGUUCCUCUUGGGGAAAGUCAACAAGAAUGAGGUGAAAUUCUGGGAUCUGUAUGACACAUGAAGAUUCUUAUUGCACUUGUAUUUUUUUAUAUUAAAGUUUGCAUGGUUUCUAAUAAAACGACAUUAAAACAUAAUGUAAUUUGCAUUGAAAA